AUGGCUUCAAAAAAGAAUUUGGAAGAUCAUGAAAUUGAAUACCUACUUUUUUUAAGACCUCCUGAAGGAUCUAAAGAUGAAUUAGAAGAUGUAAAUUUAGACGAACUGGUUUAUGAAAAUAUUUUUGUUCCAAAUAAUAAUUUAGAUUCUACUGAUUUACCAAACCCUAUACUCAUUGUUUUACCCAAUUCUAAUUCUUUAACUUUAAGGCAGCCUUUGGGAAAUAGUACUGCAACUGGUGAAGUAUCAAUAGAGCACACUCCUAUUGUUAAUAAAACAAAUACCUCAAAACGACAAAUUAAAUCAGUGAUUUGGAAAAAACGACCAUUUCAAAUAGGACAACCAGGACACGAUAGAUUGUUUAGAAUUAGAACUGUGUUAGAAACUCUUAAAAAAAGAUUUCAAACUGUAACUUUAGAAGAGUCACUAUCUGUUGAUGAGCAAUUAUGUGCUACUAAAGGAAGACAUUUCAUGAAGCAGUAUAUGCCCAUGAAACCUCAUAAAUGGGGCUAUAAACUGUUUAUUUUAGCAGGUGUUUCAGGUGCAAGUGCCAACUUAGUAGUGAGACUUUGUCGAAUUAUACCUACUGAUAAAAAUUAUGUAGUAUAUUUUGACAAUUAUUAUACUUCUUUGGGCCUUUUGGUAUACUUAAAAAAUAUUGGUAUCUUGUCACUUAGAGCUGUACGUAGAAAUAGAUUAAAACAAGUAAAGCUUCCAAAUGAAAAAGAAUUUAUGAAAUCUAUUAGAGGGUCAUCAGUUGAAUGUAUCACAAAAAUACAAAAUAAUAUUAUAAGUGCAGUUGUAUGGAAAGAUAAUCGUUUGGUUACUUUAUUAUCUACAUUUGUGGGUGAACAGCCAAAAACUGAAGUUUUAAGGUUUUCAAAAUCACAAAAAAAAAGUUUAAAUAUACCAUGUCCAAGUGCUGUAACUGUUUACAAUAAACAUAUGGGAGGGGUAGAUUUGUUGGAUGCUAAUAUUGGCAGAUACAAAAUACUUAAAUACACAUGA